CCAUGUUGUGUUACGGAUAAAGAGGCGGCCCCACGAGGGGCUUGGGCCUUGUUCCCCCUCCCUUUUUUAGGUGUCUUCAUAAAAUGCCCGCCGAGAGUUUCCUUUUCCCACCGGUCCGCUCCAAGAUGGCGUCGAUGCGGGAGAGCGACACUGGUUUGUGGCUGCACAACAAACUGGGCUCUACAGACGAGCUGUGGGCACCUCCGAGUAUUGCCUCGUUGCUCACCGCGCCGGUCAUUGACAACAUCCGCCUCUGCUUCCACAGCCUCUCUUCACCCGUCAAGCUCAAGCUCUUGCUGGGGAUAUUGCACCUGCCUCGCCGCACUGUGGAUGAGAUGAAAGGUGCACUGACUGAAAUUAUCCAGCUUGCUACCUUGGAUCCAGACCCCUGGGUCUUAAUGGUGGCUGAUAUUUUAAAAUCCUUUCCAGAUAUUGGCUCCCUAAACCUUGAUCUGGAAGAACAGAAUCCCAAUGUUCAGGAUAUUUUAGGAGAAUUGCGAGAAAAAGUGAGUGAAUGUGAAUCAUCAGCCAUGUUGCCACUGGAGUGCCAGUACUUAAAUAAAAAUGCCUUGACCACGUUGGCUGGACCACUUACUCCUGCAGUGAAGCACUUCCAGCUGAAACGAAAGCCAAAGAGUGCCACGCUGCGAGCAGAGCUGCUACAGAAGUCUACUGAAACUGCACAGCAGCUCAAGAAGACCGCUGGAGUGCCUUUCCAUGCCAAGGGAAGAGGGUUGGUCAAAAAAAUCGAUACAACAACUCCACUCAAAGGAAUACCUAAACAAGCUCCAUUCAGGAAUCCCACUGCUCCAAGUGUAUUUAGCCCUGCUGGAAAUAGAACUCCUAUUCCACCCUCGAGAACUCCUCUGCGCAAAGAGAGAGGAGUAAAGUUACUAGACAUCUCAGAGCUGGAUACGAUUGGUUCUGGCAGGGAAGCUAAAAGAAGAAGAAAGACCUUAGAUACAGAAGUGGUGGAAAAGCAAGCGAAAGAGGAAACAGUUGUAGAAAAUGCUACUCCAGACUAUGCUGCUGGGCUUGUGUCUACUCAGAAACUUGCCUCUUUGAAUAAUGACCCUGCCCUGGCUUCUACUAGCUAUCUGCCUGCAGCUCCCAGUGUUGUGCCAUCUUCCUCCUAUGGUCCAAGUGCUGACACACAGCCAGCUGGAUCUGUUCGGGAGCCUUUGCAAGCUAAAGAAGAACCUGCUACGGCCCCCAGCACUGCUGUCCCUACUCAGUUUAAGCAGAGGACACCCAUGUACAACAGUAAUUCAAAUGCAGCUGCAGUGACACCUACCUCUCCUGUGACUCCUCCCGCUGCCUCUCCAGCAGUACAAGUGCCACAGGCAACUCCUCAGCAGGCACCCCCCAAGAAAAACCUCUCUCUAACAAGGGAACAGAUGUGUGCAGCACAAGAAAUGUUCAAGACAGCAAACAAAGUUACUAGGCCAGAGAAGGCUCUUAUCCUUGGAUUCAUGGCAGGAUCCAGAGAAAAUCCUUGUCAAGAACAGGGCGACAUAAUCCAGAUCAAACUAAGUGAACAUACAGAGCUGCUGCCGAAGGCUGAUGGCACAGGAAGCACCACCACGCAAGUUGACACAGUCUUUGAAAUGAACUAUGCUACUGGGCAGUGGACCAGACUAAAGAAAUACAAACCAUUACCUAAUUUUUCUUAAACAAUUCAAUAAUAAAAUGUAGACCAAACAGACCAUAGAAUAAGCCAGAAUGUACAUAGUGUAUUGACUAGACAGAACAACAUUCCUGUGUACGCCUUGUAACCACCCAGCAUACUAGCUGUGAUCGGCUCCAGCUGCAGGAGGACAAAGGACAGAAUUGCGAUGCUUGUAUUUUUUAAAUUAUUAUUAAAGAGUUGGGGGAGGGUGCAA